CCCUAUCGGCAAUACUUUUUCCCUGGAAAAAGUUCUCUAGUUCGAAAAAUCGGCAUCGGCAAUACUUUUUUAAGGGAAAAAUUUCCAAGGAAAAAUUUCCCCAAUAAAAAUCCCUAUCGGCAAUGAAGUUUCUCCCCCGAAGUAUUUCUGUCUUUGUUUUGAUAGGGAACAGAUCUGUUAAACAAAAUAUGAAGCAAAAAAAUGGCGACCAACAAAAAACAAAUGGAAACUUUGGUUGAUUUGAUGGAAAAAAAUCCAGACAUUGCCUCCGGAUAUUCCAAAAAGAGUAAGGAGGAAGUAACCAGAUUCUGGAAAAUUGUUGAUCGUGAGCUUAACAGUACUGGACCACCUGUUAAGUCUAUAUUUGAAUGGAAAAAGGUGUGGAGUGAUAAAAAGAAGUAUAUCAAAAAUAAAAUGUCGGAAAACCUUAAAAUGAAGCACGGAACUGGGGGUGGCCCUUUCCGAGAGUAUAAAUUUUCUGCUUUGGACGAAGCAAUAAUUAAAUUAUGCGGAAUGACUCAAUCAGUUGAAGGUUCCUCGGGUUCUCGGCGAUUUGGGUUGCCGUCGUGCUCAAAAAGGCAUAAUGAAAACCAAGAUGCCGACAAAGAAAACUUGUCAGUGUCUCCACCUAAAAAAAACAAAGCUUCAGAAACUAUACCCAUAGAUGAUGAGUUGGAACUUCUAAUGUCUGUGGCCGACGACUCCAGGCAAAUUAAUUCAAAUAUGAGUGACUCUUCCAGUCAUAAAACAAAGCCAAUCCCACGUUCAUCUAAAGAAGCAACAGAAACAAAAAGGACUUGUGAAUUUUUGGAAAGAGAACUUGAGCUCCACCGAGAGCUUUGUGAUAAGGUUGGGCGAGUAAUAGAAAAAUUUGAUGAAGAAAAAGAAAACAAUCAACACCAACGAAAUGAAAUAAAAAUCAGCCUAAAAAAAAUAUACCAUUCAAUUGAUCGUCUUUGUGACCACCAAAAACUAGCUCUUGAGGAACAAAAGCGUAGCAACUUUGAAAUGGAAAAACUUCGAAGACGUGAGAUUGAAGCGAAAUUUGAUUUCAAGCAAAAACUGCUUGCAAUUGAGGAAGCUAAGCUUGAACGAUUGGGUUAA